CACACACUCGCACACACAUGCACACAUUUUCUCGCGCUCUCCCUCGCUCUCCUUUGUUUAUUUUCUAAUCUGGAUUUUGUUGGUUGCGCUCUUCUUCGCUUCCGGGAGCCUGGCUUGCCAGCACUCCCGCGGGCCACCCGGUGCACGCCUGCUGUUCCCCAAAUCAGCGUCACCCGGGUCCCCUCCUCCCGGCCUCCUGGAGCGCGGGGUUUGAAGGUCACCUCCUUUCUAGUUCCCCCCUGUCAGCCGAGCUGCCACCACCCUCCUCCAUCUGGAGCCCAGAAGUGUCAGUCGCAGCGGCUGCUACCAGAUAGGGGUCCGCGUGGGGUAGCAGGGAGGGGAGUCCGAACUCAGAGCCAAGGGGGAGUUCCUCCUUCGCAUCGCACCAGACCCGGCUGCACCCGCGGAAGAGUGGGGGCGCUCUGCCAGCUUCAGGACCCACGCGUGCGCCUCGCGGACCCGAGAAGCCACCAGUGAGUCGCGCAGCUCGCAUCUGGAGGGGACAGUCGCGCGCCCCGCCCCGGCGUCCGGAGCCGACAACUCCUAGCGUCCUCCCAGCUCAGGGCAGAUCUGAGAGGACCGUGCGCAUCUCCAGAUCCUCGAGAAGCCUGCGCUCCAUACCAGGUGGCCUUGGCCAUCAGGGCCCCUUAGGGGUGAUUCGGACCUUUGCCGCGCCCAGCUUAGGGCGCGGCUGACCUGCCCUGAAGUUGCGGCCAGCUGGUGUAAGAAAAGCCAGCAUCCCACUUCGUUGCCUCUGGCGGAUGCUGAGCGUGGCUGGGGGUACACAGAGCACUGAGGAAUCGGAGGUCCUGAAUCCAGGAGCAGGCGACAACUGCCGGGCUCGCCAGGAGUUCUAGGAAACUGCUCAAAGACCUCAUGAAAGUGGGACUCACGGCUUCCUUGAUCGGGCUCAGCAUUCAGAUAUCAAAGCCGACUGCAAUAACUGCGUGGAAACAGAGGACAGAAAGGGUAAUCAGGAAGCAGCGGCAGCCCCUGACACAAUGGCUCAGCCUUAUGCCUCAGCCCAGUUCGCUCCGCCUCAGAAUGGCAUCCCUGCAGAGUACACGGCCCCUCAUCCCCAUCCUGCGCCAGAAUACACCGGCCAGACCACCGUCCCCGACCACACAUUAAACCUGUAUCCUCCUACACAGACGCACUCGGAGCAGAGUGCUGACACAAGCGCGCAGACCGUCUCUGGCACCGCCACACAGACAGAUGAUGCAGCACCUACUGAUGGCCAGCCCCAGCCUCAGCCUUCUGAAAACACAGAAAACAAGUCCCAGCCCAAGCGACUGCAUGUGUCCAACAUCCCCUUCCGAUUCCGGGAUCCAGACCUCCGACAAAUGUUUGGUCAAUUUGGUAAAAUAUUAGAUGUUGAAAUUAUUUUUAAUGAGCGAGGCUCGAAGGGAUUUGGUUUCGUAACUUUCGAAAAUAGUGCGGAUGCGGACAGGGCGAGGGAGAAAUUGCACGGUACCGUGGUAGAGGGCCGUAAAAUCGAGGUGAAUAAUGCGACAGCACGUGUAAUGACUAAUAAGAAGACCGUCAACCCCUACACCAAUGGCUGGAAAUUAAAUCCAGUUGUGGGUGCGGUCUACAGCCCCGACUUCUAUGCAGGCACGGUGCUGUUGUGCCAGGCCAACCAGGAGGGAUCUUCCAUGUACAGUGGCCCCAGUUCACUUGUAUAUACAUCUGCAAUGCCUGGCUUCCCAUAUCCAGCGGCCACCGCUGCAGCUGCGUACCGAGGGACUCACCUGAGGGGCCGUGGCCGCACGGUGUACAACACCUUCAGGGCUGCAGCGCCCCCACCCCCGAUCCCGGCCUACGGCGGUGUUGUUUACCAGGAUGGAUUUUAUGGUGCAGACAUUUAUGGUGGUUAUGCUGCAUACCGCUACGCCCAGCCCACCCCUGCCACUGCCGCUGCCUACAGUGACAGAAAUCAGUUCGUCUUCGUUGCAACAGAUGAAAUUUCUUGUAACACCUCUGCAGUUACGGACGAGUUUAUGCUGCCGACCCCUACCACCACACACUUGCUCCAGCCCCCACCUACGGCGUUGGUGCCAUGCCCCAAGGUUCCAGCCCCAGCACAGACUUCAGAGGAGCUAAGCUGCACACUUCCAGGCCUCUGCUGUCAGGCAGCUGAGCAUCUGCCUGCCUCUCCUCCCCUUUUACAAUUCAUGUUUAAAGUCAUAGUCGCCCAGGAGAGAAAAUAGACAGAGGGGCACACUUUGUGUGUGUGCCUAGUACAUAAGAAAUUAAGGAAUCAGCUGGCUUUGGGGGUGAUCUUGUUCUUUUUUUUUUCCUUAGGGGGUGGGAAAUCUGGGAUUUUGUUUUUUUGUUUUGUUUUGUUUUGUUUUUGGGAAGGGUAAGGGGGAGGGCAAAAGUGGGAGGCAAGGGAGGGGUGAAUUUGCCUGUACUUGUUCAAACUUCUAUGCACUAAAACUCUUGAGUCCAGUAAGACAUGCCCAUCGCGUGAGAGCAUCCGCGAUCAUUACAGCGCCUUGGCAUGCAGUCUUCUGCUUGAGUUGAGAAUAUCAGUCCUCUCCCAAAAACUCGGUCCCAAGGGCAUUCAUUGGAAUCGCCAAUAAGUAUAGCAAAAGGAAACGCAUAAGUGUCACCUCAUAACCAUAGGAAGCUAUGGCUGGACAGUUCCCUGGACCCUGGGUCAUAGAAACCCAAGCAGGAUUAGAAAAGCCUACCUUUGUACAUAAGCUUAAUCACACCCAGCAGUGAAGCUGCUCCACCCCCACCACAACGUCAGAAUCCAUAGGUUGCCCACGCAAAUCCAGAAGCCGGCUUUUAUUUUUAUCUCAAUGUGGCACUCCACAACCCUGCUUCAACACCUAGGCCAUGUGAAAAAAAGCAGUGGAAAAGAAAGCCGGAUUCCUACCUUCGAUAAAUCGUCUAGUACCACCUUUGAAUGUAGUUAGAGCUUCUCCCAGUGGAACAUUCUAUCAAUUAAUCCAUUCAUCAAAUAAACUAACCAGCACAAUGAGCCAGUUCCUACCCAUCCACCUUCCCAUUUGUAAACCGUAGUCCUCAUAGCUGGUAGGACUGGCAGGUCCAAUUCAAUUUCCUGGAAAUUAUAUUUUUUUUUUCAUAAGGAGUUGUAGAAGGAGGUCAGGACUGACCAUACUAUUAGAUUUCUGAAAAGAUCCUGGGAUGGGGUAGGGGGUGCCCUCUAUUUUGGUGGGUUUUAAGUGUAUUUUUUUUAACAUUAGUCUUUUUGAUGAUCCACAUGUUACAAAGGAAACAUGUAAAAAAACACACCCCUCAAAUUGCUUUGUUUCAGAAUGCUUUUGCGCCCUUGACUGAUGCCAAGACUAGGAGCCAUGCUGAUGAUGUGGGUCUCGUUCUUUCUUCAUUGCAGGCUAGUAUAUACCGAGGGGGAUACAACCGUUUUGCUCCAUAUUAAAUGACAAAACCAUUAACAAACAAAUAAACAAACAAACAAACAAACAACCUUCCAAUGUGGGGAGAGGAAGCUUUCCGAGGCCUGAGUGUGGUGACACAUGCAGUAGGACAUCACUUUAGCAACUCAAAGAAACAACAACUAAAAAUUAAAAAAAAGAAAAAAAUUACAUUUUUUAUCUUAUACCUCAGAUAUUUUGUUCUGUGUAUUUUAAUAUUGUGGGUCUUUGGUUUCUGAAGGUUUUCAUAGUUCAGUUGCUGGCUGUAGGAAUUUUUGUGGUUGAUCUAGAGAGAGGCUAGAUAUGAAUAAAACCGAUUUAGGGCCAUAUCCAGAGUGCUAUAUUAUGUAAAUGAAUUAUAUAUGCUGAACAUGAGGCUACUGGGGUUAAGCUGUCUGGGAAGUCAUUCUUUCUGCAUCUGUUUAUUUUAUUCUGUGAAAAAGGGAGGCUGGGAGGGGCUUAGGGGUUUGGGACUGGGGUUUGGCUGGAAGAAAAAAUUAUAUAUAUAUGCAUAUAUAUAUACAUAUAUAUAUGUAUAUAUAUAUAGUAACUGAUGAAUCUAAAUGACCCACUGCACCAAUGAUCAUAAACUUAAGGUUCUAAGUUACUCCUGGCAAAGCCAAGCCAAAGGCCAUUUUAAGAAUCUGCUUCUCAUAGCACUGAGAUUGGAGUUGAAGGAAGCUGUGUAAAUCCACCCUCUUACCAUUCCACCCUCAGUACUCAGCUUCUUACCUACCCACUAGUUAUUUAAGCAAAGACUACUAGUUAGGCCAUCAAUAAGCAUUCUUUUUAUAUUUCUUCCAGUAUGAGAAAUUAUUGAUAUCACUGCUGACUUUUAUAUUAUGGGAGGGAAAAAUUAACAUUAAUAAAAAGGUGAUUAAAAAGCACUGUUUCUAUUUUUUUCUUUUUUUCCAAAAAAAAGAAAGUAAUAAAAACUUAAAUUCUUUGUACCAGUUAAAAUAUGUAUAAAAUUUACAUCUGUGCAGUGGAGUUAUGUUCUAGAGACAGUCUCUGAGGCUUUAGUUUUAGCUUAGUAGAUUAACUGUUAGAGACAGACGUAUAAUUUUUAUGGAAUUACAUGAUAAUCAUAUCUGGAUUUAUAGUCGCAUUUUACAAGUAUCGCAAUCAUUGAAUAGAGAUAAUCACGGUAUUUUCAUCAGCUUGAUACUUUUUGAAAACAUGACUGCGCUGUGAGCAACUUGCAAUUUUUCAGUCUGUGAGAGCCUGCCCUUCCCUCUCCCCAGUGUCCCGGGGUUAUGUUCAACUGGUUUCUUUACUUCUGUCUCCAAGGCCCAAGACAAUUGCCAGAAGGAAACAAAAACAAGGCAAAAAAACACCAAAAUUUCUAUCCCUCCCCAAUGAGCAGUGUCUGCCCCAUCCUUUCUUGGAGCAGGGCCAGAGUGACACAGCCGAAAAAUUGCAGCUUGUGAUUUUCUUCUGUUUGAAUCCCCCCAUGUUGUCCUGUUUACAAGUUAAUCUAAGUUGGGGUAUCUGUCAUGGGUCUUCCUGUUUUUGUAUUUAAAUUAUAAAAUAUCAGCAAGCUGUUCCCUGAGUAGUGUUCCUGCCUGUGUGUGCAGUGCAGGCCCCAUGGCACGCACUUUAGUAAGUUAUCAAUUCACGCUGUGAACCUGCCAAUCUGCUGUAACAACUCUGCUUUAAAAAUCAAAACCAAACAAAACUUUAAAAAGAAAAAAAAAAAGUGUUUGUGAUCCAGCUUUUCCUCGUCAUCCUACGUGCAUGCCCGUAAGAUCAGUUGGAUAUUAAACCAUCAAUAAAGUUUCAUGAGAUUUGAAAACAAAAGUUUUUUGUAGCUUCGAUAUCUAAGACAGAUGAUGAUCAUGGCUUGGGAGAGAAAGAAAAGGCAAGGGCGAGAAGGGGGAGGGGAGAGAAACUGCUGAACUGCUGAGAAGGGAAAGGUCUAGAGACUGGUUGUCUUUCACCCCCUUUUGAGCAGGGAGAGAUGGGCCUGAGGGGGACUGCUUGGCGGCAUCCCUUGAAAGUUCUCAUCCCCCACCUGCUACAGCGGGAUGACCUGGUUGAUGUUAUCCAACGCAACAAUCUCUUAUGAUGCUGUGGCAUUCGACCCCAGAGGGGAUAAAGAUAGUAAUAGAAAAGGGGCUGCAGAAGGAUCAACAGAUUCCUCCCAGUCACCCCCGCUUUCCAAGCCCAGAACCUGCAUUGUGUGUGACAUCACAAACAUGGAAUUCUUACUGUGCUGGCUAAAGUAAAACUCAUUUGCAGUUUUGAUUUUCAUCAAUGAACUGUACUUUCCCCCACGACUGUAUGUAGUUUUAAUAAAAUCAUUUAGAGCAAGGGGGUGCCCACCGAUGUUGCAGAAUCUUUUGUCCAGGCACCCCGCUGAGCUGCCGAUAAGUCGUUUUAAAAUGUCAUGUCAGAGGUGUAAACAAACAUUUUGGAUUUUUUAAAAAACAGUAUUUAUUUGGAAUGUUUUCAUUUAUCUAAAUAACUAUUGCUAUUAUGAAUUAUGGAAAAAAGAUUAAUGUGGCAUAUAGUGACUUCUUAAUACACAUCACUCAAUCUGCAAACCCAGAAAAUGUGUAUAUCUGUCUUUAGAAAUUAGUGUUUAUAUCACUUACAGUGGUUUGUGAAUAAAGAAAACUGGUUUGUAAUAUCAAAAAAAUAAAAGCUUAGUCUGAAAAGGUACCUGUAA